UUUGUGCUGACUACGCUUUGGGCCAGCCCCAAUAUAUUGAUCAUAUGAGCUCGCGUAUUCAAAAGGCGUGCGCGUGUCAUCACGCUGGUUUCAUCAGUUGAAGAAAGUCGAUUUGCCGCAAGAGAAACGUCGCGUCGAUCGAAGCAGCCUGCAUACCGCCAGUGUGUGUAUUGUUCUAGAUAUCUCAUUUUGAUGCAUUACAUAUGCAUUCAUUUGCGAAUUCGCCAUCCAGGGCAUCAGAGGAUCGCCACCUGUUGUGUGUUACCAGCAACUGUAGCCAUGCUUCCGAGAUUUAAAACAGCAGUAGUCACACUGUGUUUUUGCGGCCUUGUUCCCGCGGCGGUAUUUUUUUACGUUUUUCACUCGAACCAAGCAGGGAAGUCGGUGCAACAGAGGAGGGCUACUACCGCUUCUACUGAAGCCGUAAAUAGAAUAAGAAAGCGAAGCUUUAGGCCUAAAGAAGUCACAAACAUGUUGUCAUUAUCAGCACAUCGUUCUCGUGGCAAUACAAGUGUGACGGCAGUGCCUCACAUGAGUGAAGAUAAAGUAAUAUGCUUCCAGGAAGGUACAGUACCCGUAUCGAGGAGCUCCAAGUGCAUCUGCAAGAAGGGCUGGCACGGAAGGGAGUGUUCCAUUCCCGACGCUGUUUGGUUCACUGAAGAUUUCGAGAGAUGGUAUUCGGAAGGUCUGAUCCGACGUCGUUCGAGGCCUCGCAAAAUAAUUAAUGGACUGGUCUUCAAUCACGAGCUCGACCUGCUGGAGGUUCGUGUACAAGAGCUCGGCGACGCUAUUGACAAUUAUCUCGUCGUCGAAUCUCCAUACACGUACUUCGGCACGCAAAAGCCGUUAUACCUCAAGAACAACCUUAGUGCUGGAUUUCUGCGGGAGCAUAAGCACAAGAUCAUUCCGAUAACUGUGGACUACUACAACUAUGCCGGAGGGGAUCCGUGGGGUCCCGAAAACUACUUUCGAACAUCUGUCUGGCACGAAGGCCACCGCCGGUUAAAGAAACUCCGGGAUGACGACAUCUUUAUCAUGUCCGAUGCCGAUGAGAUACCUAGCCGAGACGUGGUGGUAUUCCUGAAGCAUCACGAUGGUUUUGGCGAACCAAUCAAGCUGCGCCUGAGAUCGUUUACGUAUGGCUUCUACUGGGAGCAGAGCACGCCCGUUGAUGUGAGCGGUGUAUGCACGGUAGCCUACAUUCGAGAGGUUUAUGAAAACGACUCGCUGCGUCUCCGUUCUAUGCGAACAUUUGCACAAGACAACAUGUCAAACGCAGGAACGUUCAGCGAGUACUGGACCAUAGAGGGAACGCCACCGUGCUACGCUGGAUGGCAUUGUUCAUGGUGUUUCGACGUAAAAGGCAUUCAGAUGAAGCUUGCAGCGGCCCAGAGGGAUGACGGAGUGCGGUGGGGUGACAUCGCGGAAAAAAGUGACGCCAGCUACAUCAACUCUCUGAGGAAGAACGGCCUGCUAUUCGACGACAGCCCGGCGCUCACACCACGUGACCCUAACGAAACGGCACCUGCGUACGUCAGGAAAAAUGCUGAAAGGUUUAUGUGCCUGAUGCGACCGUAGAGCCCUAGUGCCUGCAUAUAUAUCACGUACAGCAAUGCGUUCCGUAAAUGGUAUCAUGCCGUGUAAUCAGUCAAGAAGAUGUACAAUGCGGAAGUCCUUGUACAUAGGUCAGUGGGUAAAUUGGUAGCUUGGCGCAUAUAACUGCGAGAGCGUUCAGCAUGCAUAAGGCGGAAGAAGUUCAUGACGUCACUUGUGUUUGCCCACAUAGACGAGCGCAUAGGGAGCAUGAAGAGCCCCACCCCUCCCCCACCUACUCAUGAAUAAUAAUGAGAGGCGCCAAGUCUGUCGCGUACCUUUACUCAAAGGGGCCUGGAAUGUGAUUUUUUCAAAGUACAGUGCGAUGACUAAGCAGGUUUUUGGCAGAACCGCGGCGGAGGACCCCUCAAGUUUAUUUUCGUGAUUCACUGCCUGUACCAUGAAAAAGAAAAACCAGAGUCAAAAUGAAAACCUUUGAGAGGAACAUGUCGUCGUUUUAUUGUCAUUCUUGUAUUCACUGGGAAACGUUUUUUUUUUCAAGGUGGCCAGGAGGGUGUGGGCACUGCAGGUAAACUUCACCCUUGUGAUGGAAAACCCUCCGCACACUUACCCCCGUAUUCACAAACGCCCCUCGCCUGAACUUUCACCCUUCACUUGACAGGGUUGAGCAGUGCGCCGCUGCUCGGAUGAAAAUAACGCUGCGUUACUCAAGAAUAGCAGCAAAUUAUACUGAUAUGCAGUGACUUCUUUUAUCUAGAGAUGGCGCUUUCAUCGCCUUUCUCAAGUGAAGGUGUAGCGUUCAGUGAAGGGACGUGCUUGAAUACGGGCCUUAGGUUUAUAUUAGUCGAAUGGUGCUCAAUACUGGUAGCUGUGUACCGUCCUUUCGUCUUGUAGAUGUAUAUAAACAGCGCUUUUUCAUGCAGUCGCCGCGCCGCUACACUGCAUGCUGCAGAAACGAGGUGAACAAUACGACCAAGGUCUCGGGGCAUAUUAACGCGUGAGCGUUAAGAGCUCGUUUCGCAGAAAUUCUUAUGAGCGAAAAAUCUUAUGAGCGAAUUUCUUAUGAGUUAUGAGCGAAAAAAUCGACCGUAAUCAAUAAUUCGAGGAAUAUGCAAAUAAAAUGUGAUAAAAUUUUUCGAUUUUGAGUUAGGAUCACAACCAAGCUGUUCGUGUGGGCAAGCAGUUGCUAAGACAGCCACACGUCUUCUUGCAAAUAGACUAAUAUUUACUUCCUCUGCUUGGAAAUUUAGUGAAUAAAACUUUCAUGCUUUACCAA